UCCAAGUUGAACGAAGAAGCACAGGCAGAGUUUAGAGAAGCAUUCACUCUGCACGACUCAAACAAGGAUGGCAGAUUGGAGCCAGCAGAGAUAGCAUCUGCCUUGCGAUGGCUUGGACAAAACCCAUCAGCAACUGAUAUCAACGAUAUAAUAAGAGAGUUUGGAGGUAAUGGAGCACUGACAGUUGAAGGUCUGUUUAACUAUCUUGGAAAGAAGGUUGUCGACGAUUUCGAUGAGCAAGAGUUGAUCGAAGCAUUCCAGGUGUUUGACAAGGAUGGCAAAGGAUUGAUUGGAGCCUCAGAUCUCAGACAUAUAUUGACCAACCUUGGUGAGCGUUUGAAUGAGGAACAGGUCGAGGAGAUGCUCAAACAAUCAGUUGGCUCUGGUGAUGGUGCCAUCAACUAUGAACCAUUUGUAAAGAAUAUGUUGAAGAAGUAA